AUGCUGGUGCGCGCGCGGGGCGUGACGAUGCGGGGACUCCGCGUACGCAGGAGCCCUUGCUGGACUUUGCAUUUCGCCUGGGUCACCGAUCUGGUGGUCACUGGUGUGCAGGUCUGGAACCCGUCAGACUCCCCCAACACGGACGGCAUUGAUCUGGACUGCACCCAGAAUGCCCUGGUGGAGAGCUCCACCUUUGACGUGGGGGACGAUGCCUUGUGCGUGAAGUCUGGCGUGGAUUUCCUGGGCCGCAACUUCGGGCGGCCGUCCAGAAAUAUCGUCUUCCGAGAUGUGGAGGUCGGCCACGGGCACGGGAUUACGGUGGGCAGUGAGAUGUCGGCAGGCAUUUUCAACGUGACCUUCCAGAACAUCUCCAUGCGCGCUACGGGGAUAGGCCCCCGGGUCAAGACGCAGCGAGGUCGCGGGGGAGUCAUCGAUGGCAUACUGUUCAAGGACAUCAAAGCAGCGCAGAUGGGCGAGAUGCUUCAGAUGACCAUGGAGUACAGCGGCGACUUGCCGAAGACCAAUGUGUCUGCGACGCCUGCGAUCCGCAACGUGGUCUUUGACAACGUCGUCUUCAGCGGCGGAAGAAGUGCUGGUCGCUUCGUGGGACUGCCAGAAGCGCCUUUGGAGGGUGUUGUUCUACGUAACGUGGUCAUCCCCAGCAAUGCAAGCUACGGUGAGUGCCAUGAUGUCGUGAGCUCUCACUGUGAAGGCACAAGUCUUUGCCCUCCAUGUUUCAAGGCGUCGCUCUUGGCGCUGGUCUGA